CUCGUCAGGAUCUCAGGUCAGUGUUAACUAAUGUCGAGUGGUCUAAAAGUCUUCAACAAGUUGAUUUUUGUUGAUGUAACAUGUUCUUCUGUGCUAUCACGAAAGUUGUUUCACUUUUAGAUAGAGACGAGUAACUCUUUUUAACAGUUUUGUUAAAGUUCUAGCAUCGGGCUGGGCCAGCAUAAAUUCUUGGUUCUACGAUUGCCUGGCAUUAGGUGAAGUUCCGGUAGGUGAUGAUGUGGCAUAUCAUAUAAUGAAUCACAAGCAUGUACAUUUAUUUGGGCGGAGCCUUGUCUUAAAUACAACGAUUGUUUUACAAAUAAAAAAAAAAGAAUUAAAAUUCCAUGAAGAUUUCUAUUUAUCGUAUAAAUUUUGGGCUCAGUCAUGACUACUUUUUUAGGAAAUUGCACAAAGUCUUAAAAUGAUAAAUAAAUUUGCAUAUUCCAACCCCCAACCCAAUUUUUUUCUGCCUCUUCCGCCUCUUCCGAGUGUCACUCUUCCUUUUCGCAUGCGUAUUCUUAGAGAUCUAGUCUUUAAGUGCUAUCAAUGAAAUGACUUUCACGUAUAAAGUAUAUUUUUAAAACGUAGAAUAGAGAUUUUUCCUUCAUAAGGAAAAUAGUUAUGAUCACUUGUUAACUAAUUGUUAAUAAAGAAGUGGGACGUUACUAAAAUAUUUGAAUGGAAACCCAUGUCAGGCAAUUAAUAUCAACAUUUUAAUGAGUAAUUUAUUUUUUAAAUACAUCUUUUUUUCUCUCUAGAUUUUGUAUAAGAUAGUCAUCCAUAAUGAAUAUCUUCCUCCUUGUCCUGUCUCUGGUGGUGCUGUCAACAUUUGCUGACAAGUGCACCGAGAAGUGUGACAAAUGUGAAGAAGUUAAUAGGCAAGAGUGCUUGGCUGGCUUGGAGAUGGACCGGGAGUGCGGAUGUUGUGAAAUUUGCUCCAGGUUGGUCAGUUUAUCUCAGUUAACUAGCAAGAAUAACUAUUACUGGCGCCCAGUGAUGUCAGAAGUUGGGGGGAAGGGAGGGCAGUCUGCCCCAGGUGGCUUUUUCCUUAUAUGGAGGUGCAGCCAGUGGCAUAGCUUGGGUUAGUGCCACCCAGGGCGGGUCAAAAUCUUUUACCCAUGCCAUUGGCUGAAAGUGCCACCCCUUCAUAGAUAGAAAAGAGUGCCGCCAGGGGCAGACUGGCCACUCCCCACCCCCUUCCUACAUCACUGAGGGCGUCAUUUUUUGGCAACCUGAGGAGUUUUUUUUCAUCAAAGGGUUGAGCUACAAAAACCUUGGCUGCACCACUGACCAAGGUAGCUAUUGCGUCUAGGAUUGUAAUGUGCCUAGGUUUGUGAUGAGCCUAGGAUUGUGGUGUGAAUAGGAUUGUGAUGUGAAUAGGAUUGUGAUGUGCCAAGAUUGUGAUGUGCCUAGGAUUGUGAUGUGCCUAGGUUUGUGAUGUGCCUAGGAUUGUGAUGUGAAAAGGAUUGUGAUGUGAAAAGGAUUGUGAUGUGAAAAGGAUUGUGAUGUGCCUAAGAUUGUGAUGUGAAAAGGAUUGUGAUGUGCCUAGGAUUGUGAUGUGAAAAGGAUUGUGAUGUGAAUAGGAUUGUGAUGUGAAUUGGAUUGUGAUGUGAAUAGGAUUGUGACGUGCCUAGGAUUGUGAUGUGCCUAGGUUUGUGAUGUGCCUAGGAUUGUGAUGUGAAAAGGAUUGUGAUGUGAAAAGGAUUGUGAUGUGCCUAGGAUUGUGAUGUGAAAAGGAUUGUGAUGUGCCUAGGAUUGUGAUGUGAAAAGGAUUGUGAUGUGAAAAGGAUUGUGAUGUGUCUAAGAUUGUGAUGUGAAAAGGAUUGUGAUGUGAAAAGGAUUGUGAUGUGCCUAGGAUUGUGAUGUGAAAAGAAUUGUGGUGUGCCUAGGAUUGUGAUGUGAAAAGGAUUGUGAUGUGAAAAGGAUUGUGAUGUGCCUAGGAUUGUGAUGUGAAAAGAAUUGUGGUGUGCCUAGGAUUGUGAUGUGAAAAGGAUUGUGAUGUGCCUAGGAUUGUGAUGUGAAAAGAAUUGUGGUGUGCCUAGGAUUGUGAUGUGAAAAGGAUUGUGAUGUGCCUAGGAUUGUGAUGUGAAUAGUAUUGUGAUGUGCCUAGGAUUGUGAUGUGAAUAGUAUUUUGAUGUGCCUAGAAAUGUGAUGUGCCUAGUAUUGUGAUGUGAAAAGGAUUGUGAUGUGCCUAGGAUUGUGAUGUGCCUAGAAUUGUGAUGUGAAUAGUAUUUUGAUGUGCCUAGGAUUGUGAUGUGAAAAGGAUUGUAAUGUGCUUAGGAUUGUGAUGUGCCUAGGAUUGUGAUGUACCUACAGUUGUGAUGUGAAUAUGAGGAUUGUGAUGUGAAUAGGAUUGUGAUGUACCUAGGAUUGGAAUGUUUAUUAUUUUGAAUAGCUAAUAAUGAGCCCAAUGUAAUUUUUUUUAGUGUUCUGUUUUAGUAACUACCAGAAGCAACCUGAUGAUUAUAACUUGUGUUGCAAUCUUGACAAAUUUUAAUGUGUAAACACAAAUUUAUCUUUUUAAAUCUCCAUUUUAGGUAUGAAGGCCAAACAUGUGAUGUACCUAAUGCACCAUUCAAGCAUGGUCGAUGCGGAGAUGGCCUGGAGUGUAGGACAACCAGUACAGGAAGUUUGUGCCAAUGCGUGUGGGAAGAAAUUAUUUGUGGCAGUGAUGGAGUGACCUACAAGUGAGUGAUUCACAUUACUGAUUAAAUUAGAAUGCCAGACUUAUCACAAUUCUCAAAGGCAUUUAUUUUAGUUUCACUUGACACAUUAAUUUACCUAAUCAAAAUUAGAAUCUAAUAAAGAGGCACCCAAUUACGAUGCUACAACUAUAGUAAUUAUAGCUGGUUGACUUUUGUUCUCCCGUGAUUUAAUGUUAAAUGAAUGUUAUAUCUGUUUAACUGCAGUAAUCUUUGUCAGCUGAUCGCUGCUGCUGUACGUGAAAACAAACAUGACCAGCUUGAGGUUAAAUCUGUUGGACCAUGUGAACCAGGUAGUGAGACAUUAAUUACUGGAUAAUGUAUUACAUCUACUUUUACAAAGGAGGAAACAAAUUAAAAAGCUACGUAGUUUGCUUAAUUUUUUUAUGGAGGAUACAUAAAGUAUUGACAUAUGUUAUUUUUAGUCAAAUGAAAAGAAAAACACAUUAAUGUUUUCUCAUAAAUUUAUUUGAAACAUUUGGUCUAUCUGAUGCAGUAUCUUAAUGUGAAAAUUGAAACAUUUUUGAUUGAAAGCUUUACUUAAGUGUAAAAUGCAAAAUACAUUUUUAUCAUUUUUUCCAUGAAUAAAAUUUUAAUGUAAUUUAAAAAAAUAUAUAUAAAAUAAUUAAGAGAAAUACUUCUAUGAUAUUUCAAAUUUUAAAAAAUUAGUUUAGACAUUCAAUGAUAAAUAUAUAACAUGUUAGAAAUCUGAAGAGUAAGUUUGUAAACUUCACAGGUGCCAAAAUUGUGACCAAGCCAGAAUAUGUUCGCAACCCAGCUAUGGAUAAUGUAACUCUUGCUUGUGAGGCCAUAGGAUACCCCACCCCCAUUAUUCGAUGGACCGUCACUAAAGCUAAUGGAAAAACUUAUGACAUGCCAGGUAUAUGAGGUUUCUAUUAACAUAUAUUCUGCAUUUAUGUACUAAGCUUAGCUUUCAGUUUUCUCUGUACCAAUUAGGUGUUUUUGCUUGAAUAUACACGUUUUAUUUUGCUGCUUAGGUGAUGAUAACCACAUUGUGAUUGCCUCAAGGGGUGGACCAGGAAAAUACCAGGUGACAGGAUGGCUUCAGAUUGAGAGUUUAAUGAAGCGUCAUGAAGGGGACUACACUUGUAUUGCACACAAUCAGCUCAAUGAAGAUAAAGCUAAGGCUAGGAUCAAAGUUAUUAAUUAAAAAAAGGUGACCAUAUUUGUAUUUAGAUAACCCAGUGGUCGGCAAAUUGUGGUUCAUGAGCCGCGUGGAGCUCUUUAGUGACCUAAUUAUGGCUCACAAAGAGAUUUUAACUCCAAAGAAACAUGGUUUUUGACAAGUUCUUGAAAAGAAAUUUGGCUCUCAAAAUUUUUUAAUCAUCCUGCUGCUGAUUUUUGGCUCUUUUGACUAAUGACUUUGCCGACCAUUGAGAUAAACUGAAGUUUGUUUAGACACCUUAAUGAUUAAAAUUAUUCAUAAGAUUUUAUUUAUUUUGGUCCCAUAUGAAUAAAACACUCUGCUCACCUGAAUGCUAAAAGACUAAAAAAAAUUUUUUACUCCCAUUAUCAAAUAUCUUAUAAUCAAAAUUGAUCACCACAUGAUGAGGUCAACUCUCAUGAAAAAAAAACAUUUUAAAAUAAAUUGUUCAUCAAGAAUUUAAUCAUAUUGUAAAGAUAUAACUCAGAGGUAAGUCAACAUUUAAAAUAGUUUUUGUAACUAAGAUUUCAUUUUCCCCCCUUAAAUGUUUUUUUUUUAAAGAUCAUUUUAUGGCUGCGACUAUUCGUACCCGGGUAACAAAAGUGAGAGGUUGGGAUUAAAAAACUAUUUAAAAUUUUAUUAUUGUUGGGUUUAUUAAACAAAAUGAGGUAUCAAAUGAAAGAUAAUUGAAUGGACUAUAUGUUUGUAAACUUACUUCUUCAGUUUAACUAAAACAAACUAACACAAAUGACAUCCGAAUAGCUCGAGUCUAAUGGUAUCCGGGUGCGAAUGGCGGCGCCGUGUGUCUGGGUCCAUUUUGAAUCAGUGCUAUUUAAAUGUCAUUUGUGGUAGUUUAUUUUAGUUAAAUUUAAGAAUUAAGUUUACAAACAUAUAGUUCAUUCAAUUAUCUUUCAUUUGAUACCUCAUUUGGUAUUACAAACUCAACAAUAAAAUUUUAAAUAACUUUUUAAUCCCAACCUCUCACUUCUGGUACCCGGGUACGAAUAGCCACUUGGUCAUUUUAUUGAAACCUUAUAGCAUUUUAAUCAUUUGAACACAAAGAAAUAUUUUUAAGACUAUUAUUUAAUAUUUUUUCUUAAAUUAUUUAGAUUGGAAUAUAUCUUGACAGCUUCAUCCACUGCAUCACAAGACAAAGUUAGAGAGCAUAUCAUGAAGUUUCAAUGGUCAAGUUUUACCUCUUUUACUCGGUGCUAAAAAAAAAUGUAGAUAUAUACUACUGAAAUAUGGUGCUACUUUUACUUAUCAUAUACAAAUGCCUUAGCAAGUGUUUACUAUUGAAACUUUUUUUUGUAUUUUUAUGCUUUAAAUUUUGUGCUUCUCUAUAAAAUAAUUUAAACAUAUAUUUUUUAAGGCUUUGAAAUUGAACUACCGGUACCCCUUAUAAAUGCAAUUUCUAACAAGUAACAGUUGAACUGUAUAUUAACUAAAUAUUUUUAUGGUAGAAAUAUUUAAAUUCCUUCCAAUAUAUUUGAAUUUCAAUGUAUAAUUUAACUUAAUACCAUUAAACUUAAAUAUUAUCCUUCAAUUGUUCCUUUCAUGAUGUAAAUGCACGUAGGGCCUACUAUAAAUCUCCAUCAUUAUCAGUACCAUUUGUCAAAAGAUAAAUAAAUAAAAUUAAAUAGAACUCAUAAAAAAGAUAUUCAUGAAAUAUCAUAUUGUGGAUAAAAAAGUGAUUGUUGUUCUGUACAUUUUUCCUUCUUUGUAUGUAUAAAUAAAAGCACUGCUGUUGGUUUACCUUGCUGUGCAUUUCCACACGUGCCAAAGUUUUCUUGAUGUAGAUUUCACAAGAUAGAUUUUAAUAGAUUAUAGAUAUAGUAUUAUGUUGGUAUCUUGCCCAAUAAUUUGCAAAAUUGUUGAAAAAUUUCAUUAUGUAAGAAAGAAACAUUUUGAUACAGCAUCUGAAACUACCCUUUAAUAUUUAUUUUUACCAUGAAAAUAUUAAUACAACAGAUUAAGCAGCUAAUUAAUAAUUUUGAGAGUUUGGAAAGGGAGGGUAAUUUUCUAAUAAGUAAGGGUUUUAUUUUAGCCUUCCAGCAUUGUCUCUUGAAUUAUAAGAAAUUUUUUAUAUUCUUAAGGUUAAUUUAAUUUUUGAACAGGUUUUGCUUGAGAGGAGCUUUCAGCAUAUGUUUCCUUUUUUAUUUGUAUUUGUAAACUGUGAUGUUUUUUGUAUUUUAACUUUGAAUGUGGUAACAUUUUCUUUUUAAGUAAAAUAAGUUGCUACAUGGCAGGUUAACAACGAAUUCAAAUGUCUUCCAGACUGAGUCAAAACUUCAUAAAUUUGUUGUAAUAAUUGUAUUUGAUAUUGACAUGGUAUCAAAAUUGUAAGUUUUUUUUCUCCAAAAUAAUAAAAAAGUGAGUGCAGUUUUAGUCUUUUCAUUCUUAAGUGUUCUAAUAAUAAUUUUGAUAAUGAGUUUUAUUGACACAUAAAUAUAGGCUACUCAGGCUUUUCAACUAUCCAUGUUGAAUGCUUACUAUGUAAAUUGUUCUAUGAAGUUAUGAAAUACAGCAAUGGUACUCAAUUUGGUUGUACAUUAUUAGCCUGCAACAGUCUGCAAGCCCUGCAAAAUAACAACUCAUAAAUUAGGUACAAGUUCCUGGUGUAAUGUGAAUCAUUCCUUAAACUAGAGGUUAAGACAAGGGACAAAAUUACUAGAAAGUAACUUUCUUUGCAUAUCUCAAAACUAAGAAAAAUGAAAAGAUUGUGGAAAACUUUGAGAAAUUAUGUUCAGG